CGGUUUGGCCGUUGACCCGAGAAACCGAUUCGGGAUACCAUCACCACCUCCGUCGAGGGGGGCAAAGAGGUACUACAAACCACAUGGCGGCGGCAGAGUCCGAUCCGAAACCUGCUUCCGCCGUCCACUCCUCCGCCGUGAAAGGCGGCAGAACGGUGGAGGAGUGCCAAGACAUGAUUAGGAGAAGCCUCAGAACUCCAAUGGUGAAAUUUCUGAAGGAACAUUUGGAGAAAGCUGGAUGCGGGUUUGGGGAAAAGUUCAUCAACGCCGUCCAUUGCGACAAGGAGAUCAGUGGCGGUUAUACCCGCGGCGAAGGGAUAAUGGUGUGUAGUAAUCACAUGAACGUCCAAGAUGAGGUCAACCAAGUAGUUAUCCACGAGCUCAUUCAUGCGUAUGAUGAUUGUCGUGCCUCAAACUUGGACUGGGCUAAUUGUGCUCAUCAUGCUUGUAGCGAGAUUCGGGCUGGUCAUUUAAGUGGUGAUUGCCACUACAAGCGAGAAUUGCUCCGUGGUUUUAUGAAGAUACGAGGUCAUGAACAAGACUGUGUAAGAAGAAGAGUCAUGAAAUCAGUGAUUGCUAACCCAUACUGCUCCGAAGCUGCUGCUAAGGACGCUAUGGAAGCUGUUUGGGAUGUUUGCUACAACGAUACAAAGCCGUUCGACAGAGCUCCUUGAAACAGGGGACUUACUGUAUCUGUCAAUGCCGAUUGGCCUACCAGCUAGCUUUCUAAUCGGUCCUUAUGAUCUGAUCCAUGACUAAUCCUGGCGGUUAGCGAGAUAGUAAAUUUUCCGCCCAUUUCUAUUAUUUGAGGAAUAUUUUUUGGGAAACAAAUAAUGGGGUUGUUUCAUUUAGAGUUUCCCUUCAUUUUUGCAGUAAGUUAAGGUGAAUAGCUGAACAAUUCUGUUCAAGUGCUAUACAAAGUGUAUACAAAUCAAUUUAUUGAGCUUACACUUAAUGAAUUCCUCAUUUUUUGAUGAAUAA